AGGGGAGGAAGAAAGGCGAGGGAAGAGGGGCGGGGGAGAGAUGGAGAGCUAGAGGAAGCCGGGGGAGACGCCGAGCCGACGCGGUGUCCGGAGUCCGGGUUCUCCCAGAGGACAGAGGCUGUGACUAGUGCUGGCCGGGUUUAUAGUCUCCCCUUCUGAUGAAAAGAGAACAGAAGAAUGGACUAUAGUCACCAAACCUCCCUAGUCCCAUGUGGACAAGAUAAAUAUAUCUCCAAGAACGAACUUCUCCUGCACCUGAAGACCUACAAUUUGUACUAUGAAGGCCAGAAUUUGCAACUCCGACACCGUGAGGAGGAAGAUGAGUUCAUCGUGGAGGGGCUGCUGAACAUCUCCUGGGGGCUGCGCCGGCCCAUCCGUCUACAGAUGCAGGAUGACAAUGAGCGCAUUCGCCCCCCACCAUCCUCUUCCUCCUGGCACUCUGGCUGUAACUUGGGGGCUCAUGGCACCAUCCUGAAGCCCCUUACCAUGCCCAACAUUCAGAUCUCAGAAGUGGAUGCCCCGCCCGAGAGUGAACAGACAUCGAGCCCCACAGAUUCCAGGGGCCUGAAGCCCCUGCAGGAAGACACCCCACAGCUGAUGCGCACACGCAGCGAUGUUGGGGUGCGUCGCCGUGGCAAUGUGAGGACACCCAGUGACCAAAGGCGAAUCAGACGCCACCGCUUCUCCAUCAAUGGCCAUUUCUACAACCACAAGACAUCCGUGUUCACGCCAGCCUAUGGCUCUGUCACCAACGUCCGCAUCAACAGCACCAUGACUACUCCACAGGUCCUGAAGCUGCUCCUCAAUAAAUUUAAGAUCGAGAAUUCCGCAGAGGAGUUUGCUUUGUAUGUGGUGCAUACCAGCGGUGAGAAACAGAAGCUGAAAAACACCGAUUACCCUCUGGUUGCCCGAAUCCUCCAGGGACCGUGUGAGCAGGUCUCCAAAGUGUUUCUUAUGGAGAAGGACCAGGUGGAGGAAGUCACCUAUGACGUGGCCCAGUACAUAAAGUUCGAGAUGCCUGUCCUUAAAAGCUUUAUUCAGAAGCUCCAAGAGGAAGAAGAUCGGGAAGUUAAGAAGCUGAUGCGCAAGUACACCGUGCUCCGGCUGAUGAUCCGGCAGAGGCUGGAGGAGAUGGCCGAGACCCCAGCAACCAUCUGAGCCACACGAGGGAGGGGAUCCAGAUGCCACGGGGGCCGCCGCUGACACGAGCAGACGCACGGGAAGCUGGGUGCCUUCCUUCCACGGAAACGUAUAGAUACAGACCUCACCAGCUCCCACCGAGCUACCAUCUGUUGCCCAGAGCGGCUGGCGAAGCCAGCAGACGACUCCCCAUCCUUGGAUCCCCAGCUCCAUUCCUUUCUUUCACUCACAGGACUUUUGAAUUUUGUUAUAAGGACUGAAAAUGUGUGUGUGUGUGUGUGUGUGUGCACAUGAGCACACGUGUGCACACGUAAGCGUGUGUGCACACAUGGUACAUAUCCACGUGCCUACCUGAGAUUCACAUGGAAUGGAAUUCCAGGCAACCAGCACAAGCGCCCCGGGGCUUGCAGGUGUGCUGCUCGGGGGCAGGAGCAUCGGGGGAGUCGCCAAUCUGAGGGGCUGAAGUUGGAGAAAUGAUUUCUUCCCUCAAGUACCCGGGAGCGGCCACACAUGUUCAGAGGGGAAGGGGUCUCAGCAAGCUCACCAUUUGGGGUAUUUAUGUAUUGGUCGAGACUCCCCUGUACAUGCAGAGGGCUUGGGGAUCGGAAAUUAAUGAAAUAGCAGCCCCAUAGAAAUAGACCUCCUUGGGGGAGGUCUGGUGGAAAGGGGAAGAUAAAUCGUCUGUGGGGUAGAUGCAAUAAGCCCACAAGUUUUUACACUGGAAACUUUGUUUUAAAUAACAAAGACGUAUAUGAUGAUCCACGUGGAUUCUGCCUCUGUCCUCACCUCCAUGGCCACCUCCAGGAGAGCGGGGAGGAGCUUGCUGCUUUGCUCAGCCUGCCAACCCCAUGCCAUGGAAGCCAACCCCAACUCUUCGGUGCCUCCUUGAGUUGAAGGAAGGGUCUCACCGGUUUAUUCCUGGUCAACUGGUGGCCCAGGCCUGGCCUUGUCCUGGGGUGGUGGCCAGAGUUUCCAUCUUUAGGGACCCGUAGAGGUUCCUUGCAGAAAUGACAAAUGCUUGGGAAGCCAGCCCAUUUUUCAUCAUCAAGGGUCUCCCUGCACUUGGAUCUGAGGCCAUGUGUUUGAAGUCAAGGCUUUAUUCUUUCCAGCCAUGGGAUUCUUGCAAUUGCCCUUGCCCUGUGCCUGGAGACAGACUCCAAGCAUGAGGACCUUGCUACUGACCGAGCUUGGGGCUCAGGGAAGCUCUUCGGGUUGCCCUGUGCUGGUGCAUAGGGAGGGUGGAGCUUCUCUUUCUGCUUCUCUGGGCAGCCACCUGGGUGAUCUUUAGAACAGACCCCAAUGGGGGGAAGGGAGGGCAGUCUGGCCCCUGUGGCUCCCAUCAGGAAGACUGCUGGGUAGCUAGGCACCGGUGUGGCUGACAGACUCCGAAGAGGGACAGACAGGGUGCCUGGCUGUGGAGAUAAACCAAGCAAAGCUGGGAGCUCCUAACAGCAGGUGUCUCAGCCUUGUUGGGGUGGGGUCUCCCCAUCUCUUCACUUCCUCUCCAAGAAAGGUUUGGGGAGCUGGGCAGUUGGCGGAAGGAGUACAAGGAAGGUGGAUGUUUGCAGCAGAGCCGUUCCUGUCCUCCCGACUGCUGCUCUCCUCUGUGGCUUCCCUGGCCUCUUUAGAUGGCUCACAGCUGUGAUCUUCUUGUUGACUUUCCAAAAGAUGGCAUGCUGCCACCUGGCAUUUUGCCGGGGGUCUCUUAGCAAGGCAACCUCUUUGGGGACAGCACCACCAGCCCUGUGGGGGCGUGGACUGGAAAUCCGGAGGCCCUGGUCUCAAUCAUACACCUUGGUAGGGCUCUGCAACACGCAGAGAAAACCCCGGGGGGCCUGUGGUGGGGGUGGGGGGCGGCUAGAGGCUUCCUUUGUUACAGAUGGGAGAGAGAGCUCCGGUUUGUGAAUGCAAACACACUUCCUGAGUUUUGCAUUUGAGAAAAUGGCUUAAGAAACUUGUCUUCCAGCUACUUUUUAUUUUGACUCUUCCAAGCCUACAUUGGCACCAGUGGUUCUCCUUGGUGGGUGAGGCAGAAACAUUUCCACAAAGCAAAUGUGCUAACCGCUAACUUUUGUUGAACAGCUAUUUCUGGUUUAUAAAAGUUCUCUUUGAUUUGCGCUAGCACUAUGAGAGGUUAAAUAUGGAAAUGUUGCAAAACGUCAGGUUUGCCAGAGCCCUUUCCAAGGCAGGCCUGGCUUUUUAAAGAUGGGGGUGGGGGUGGGGGUCGGGUAGAAGUGAGGGGAAAUCGCAUCCGACAGGAUACAUUCCACUUCACGCGGGCCGGACUUUCCCAUUGUGGCCCACCCUGUUUAGAGAUCGUUUCUCACGUCCUAAUAACCGGAUCAGGAAUUUUGGAAAGGUCCUUUGAAAUAGCAGUGGCUGAAACAGAGACACUUCUCCACGGUGUGGAGCCGGAUUUUCUCACUGGUAUCACAUGGCUUGGCAGCUUUGAAUUCCUCCACUGAUUUAUGUGGGUUUAUGUAAUUUCGUGCGAUGAACCUGAAAUUGUGUGAAGAACAAAAGGCCAAUUUAUGGGGUUAUUUUCCUAACUUGUGAAAAAGCAGUAGAGCCACAUCUGGCUUUCUUUUUCUAGGGGCUUGUGUUACAAGGUGAUCAAAUGAAGGAAAAGCCUGAGUCCAUCUGGCUGGGAAGGGGGUCUGUUCCCCCAGGUGAUGGUGGAAUUAAGCACAAGGUCACAUUCUCGGUGAUCACAUGAGUGGGCAGGUGAUGAGUUAAAGACACGGGCGGGGGUGGGGGGGGAGGGGAAGCUGUCUUGCAAAGGGACUAGAAGCACAGACUUCAGGCUUGCCAGAGCAGGCUGGAGAGGAAUGUGUGUCCUGGGGUCCAGGCUGCUGGAAUUGAAUUCUUCAAAUGAGGUUGGGGAGGAAGGAGCUCAGAUUAGCCACCCACCUGUGGGAAAAAUGCCGGGACCAGAAACUGAGGCUUUGGGCUGAGACUUCAAGGAGAAAUAUCUGCACCCUUCCCUCCUCCCUACGAGAAAGAAAACAAUAGUCUCUCCUGGAGAUCCCCGGAUAAAGCCAUUUUAUCACCAUUGUAGAUAAGAUUUUGAAAUAUAAUGACAAGCACAAAUCUGUUCCCAGAUGCGAAACACCUUGGCACGAAUUCUUUUCUGCAGGGUGAGGGUGGUUGUUUCAGAGUGUCAGGAGCAAUGGGUCCCAGAAGAGCAAGAGACUCUCUUAAGAGAAGCUCUCAUCCAAGAAAAAAAAAAAAAAAAAAGGCCAAGCUCCAUAGCAUGGAGAAUAUGGUGCCA